AUGACCAAAAAGAGCCCAACAUCUUUCAAGGUCUCAACGAGGAGCGUCGUUUCAACGGAGAAGCGCUAUUUUGACACCAAGCUUAUGGAGGUUCUCAUCACUCGUUUCCUUACCAAGCAUCCCAAGUUCUCCUUUGAAUCUACAGGCGUCGUUAUGUGCACAGUCAAUCCAGGAUUCUGUCGCUCAGAGCUUGGUCGGUUUGCGAAAGGACCCAUGGUCGUUGCACAAGCGGUUGCUUUUGCAGUACUCGCUCGCUCCACAGAGCAAGGAGCCAGGACGUUCACUUGGGCAUGUCUGAAUAACGAUAUUCCUCAAGGUUCUUAUACAUCUUCGUGCAAGGUCGCCAGGCCAUCCAGCUUCGUACUGUCACCUAGAGGAGAUCGAGUCUCUGAGAAGCUGUGGAAUGAGCUGGUUAUUAUCCUCAAUCAGAUUGCCCCUGAGAAGCAGUCGGCGUGGACGCUCUAG